CAAAAGUUUAGUUUCCAGGAGGGAGACCGACAAAGAGGUCAUACGGAAGGCUCGUGGGAGCCAUUAAUGAAACCGAAAUUCACUUUUAUUACUUUAUAUAUUUCAGUUAUUAGUAGUAUAGUUUAGUAUUAGUUUGUGUUUGUAAAAUAAAUGUUUAAAAAUACAAGAAGGUGGAGUUAUUUCUCUAUGAGGCGGUGGAUGAAGAAGGGAUGAUAUCACACGCUCUCUUUCGAGAACCAGAGCUUUAGAUGACGGUAGAGAAACUUCAAGAGAAGCAGGUAGGAAGCUUUUGAUUUUAUUUACUCAAAGUAUAGAUGUAUUGAAGAUAUAUAUAUACAUGUGUAAGAUAUAUAUAAAUUAAAAUGUAUAAGAAUACUAAGAAAGAAGACUUAGUAAACCUUCUUGGUGAAAUUGAAGAUACACAAACUGUUGGUUUAACAGUGGUUCAACUAAAAGGUAAAAUUGAGGACAGUAAAAUAUUUAAAGAUGAUCCAGAAUUUGUAAUUGGAUUAUUAAACUCAAUAGUUGAGGAAAGAAAAAUUAGAGAAGAAAAUGAAAUAAAAGCUAGGGAUACACAGUUAGCCUUAGAAGCUCAAAAGGUUGAACUUGAAAAAUUAAAAUUAGCGCAGCUAGAGAAAGAAUUAGAAUUAGAAAAAGUUAGAAGUCAGAAUACAGUUAAAGAUGGAUCUCGCGCAGAUAAAGACAUGAUUACAGGUUCGGGAAAUUAUUUAGAAAAUUUGAUAAAGAGUGUUAAAACGUUAACUAUUCCUGUUCCGGGAAGAUCGGAAAAUUUCAAUUUGUUUUUUCAAACAUUAGAGAGAGCAUUCAUAACUAAAAAUGUACCACAGGAGCUCAAAUCCGAAAUUUUGAUUAACAUUUUAGGGGAUAAGGCAACUAAUAUAUUAUUUUACACUAAUGAUGAAGAACUAAAAUGUUAUGAAACCAUUAAAAAACUAGUAUUAAAAGAAUAUCAGCCAACUGCUUAUGAAUGUUUAAUGAAUUUCCGAAGAGCACGACGCGAUCCUAAAGAGUCACAUGUUCAGUUCGCUUCUAGACUGUCUGCAAAUUUCCAGUAUUACUGUCAGUUACGUGAAGUUAAUGACUUUGAUGCACUUUGUCAACUAAUGAUUUCCGACAAACUUUUCCAAACGUUAGACAAAGAAACGGCAACUUACAUUAAUAUUAAAACCGGAGAAAAUUGGUUAAAACCUAAGGAUUUAGCUAAAGAAGUUGACUUGUAUUUUGUAAACAAAGGCAAAUCGUUAAACGAAACCACUUUUAACACUAAUGAAAACAUAGCUAAAUCGUCCCACUCUUCAAGAGAAUCGAAAUAUAUUCCGCCUCAUAUGAGAAGCAACAUAAAUAAAAAUAAAUAUCCACCCAAAGACUGUUACAUAUGUGGAAAAUUAACGCAUCUCGCUAAAUCUUGUCCACAAAGAAACAAAUCGGUAACACAAAACCCUCCUCUAAAAAAAGAAACACCAGAGAGAAAAAUACUAGUGAUAAAGUAA